UAUAAAAGCGCAGUUGGGAUGGUCAACAAGCGCCCGAGGACCGACGGCGACACCGCCGCGCCUGUGCUACCUCAACAAGGCGCAUCAUGCGCUGAGGCGCCAAAGGAGAAGUCGACCACCAGGUUGCAGCACCCGCUAGGUGUCAAGCCAUGGGGCAACAGCUUCAAUGACAUGGACAAGGGCAUCAAACCUUGCCGCCCCAAUGGUCUCGGCCGCCUACACAACUUGCCCGACACGAUCUUGCAUGCUAUCUUCAGCUGUCUUGACCCAAUAUCCCUCGGGUUGACCUCGACGACCAGCCGCGCGUGGUACGUGUUUUGCUACCACGACGAGUUCUGGCGCACGUUGGUGUUGGUCGAAUUUGGAGGCGACUUUGUCGCAAGGCCAACGUGGCGUGAGUCGUACAUCGCAACGUCCGCGUCUGCCAUCUUGACACGACCGACAUCUCGCGUGUCUGUGCAAGGGUUCUACUCGGACUUGCUCUUCCAGCCGUUCUAUUGCGCGCAAACCCCGCUCACGCUUCUCUCUGCCGCGUCGAUGCUCAAGUCGAACACGAUUCCGCGCGUAGACGGCGCCACGCUCUCCGUUGCCGACUUCAAAGCCACCUACGAACAGCCCAACCUGCCUGUGAUUCUGACCAACGUUGUCACAACGUGGCCCGCUCUGUCGCAGUGGACGGACGAGUACUUGGCCGACACGUGUCAGGCCACUCCAUUCUACGCGGGCGGGUUCGCCAUGUCCAUCGCCAAGUACACGGAAUACUCCCGCACCCUUCGAGACGACCAGCCCCUGUUCAUCUUCGACAAACACUUUGCAGAAACCGUGCCUCAGCUGGCCGCGGACUACACAGUGCCGCCGUUUUUCCACGACGACUUAUUUCCGCUUUUGGGCGCCAGCGAGCGACCAGACUACCGGUGGCUCAUCUUUGGACCAGAAGGCUCGGGCUCGUCCUUCCACAUCGACCCAAACUCGACGUGCGCGUGGAACGCGGUGCUUCGCGGGAGAAAAAAGUGGAUUAUGUUUCCGCCCGACGUGGUGCCGCCCGGCGUGCACCCGAGCGAGGACGGUGGCGAAGUGUCGACGCCGGUGUCAGUCAUGGAGUGGUUCAUCACGUUUUACCCCCAGCUCAAGUCGUUGAAGGAUCCUGCGACAGGGGGCCCGCGGCAUUUGGAGGGCAUGUGCGCGGCGGGGGAGAUGAUUUUCGUCCCCAGGGGGUGGUGGCACAUUGUGCUCAACCUGGACGAGUCGUUGGCGAUCACCCAGAACUACGUGUCGCCCAGCAACGUGCAGGUACUAGUUUAGACGCUGCUUUAGCAUACCAGAGUUUGAUGAUGAUUUUGCAUUCGUAGCAAGUGCUGGAGUUCCUGCACGACAAGCCAGACCAAGUGUCUGGACUUGACGACGAAACCAAGCGCCCGCUCUUGUACGCCAAGUUCCGAGCCGCGCUCGAGCUCCAUCACCCCGAGAUUGUCGCGACGUUUGACGAGUCGCGCCGUCAAAAGCCCAAGAAAUCAAAGUGGGCAUCGCUCGUGAUUGGAAGUACGACCGACGAAGAUGGGGCAUCGGUGGGACCGGCGGCGCCGUUUUCAUUCGGGUUUGGAGUUUAACCCCCUCAAAUUUUACUAAGGUCGACGACACAUUCAGCAAACUUCUCAAAACCGACUUCAACCACGUCACACACAACCAGUUUUGAAGCAUGAGAACGAACCCUCGUCGU